UCAAAACUUGGGAGAUUAGUUUUGUGGCUCAAAGCUCGACAUCCUCCUCGAGUUCGAUGCCAGCAAGGCCUGGCCCCUAGAAUCGGACGCCCAAUCUGUUCACCCCGGUCCUCUAAUCUCCCAAGCUCAUCAUGAGCUUCAAGCAAGUCGUACGCUUCACAAACGACGCCGCUGCCCUAGAGAAGAUCCUCAGACUCUCCCAAUCGCUCUCCCAAAUCCUCGCCGCCUAUUCAACUACAGCCGAAGAUGCCAAGACCUGGUUGUUGCUAAGAAGACAGUUUGCUCUCGGGAGAAGAUAUUUCAGGUUCUUCAAAUUCCUGGAUGCCUUUCCGAAGGCUUUUGAUAGCUUUUAUACUACGGUUGGAGUGAUGGGCGUGUUGGAGGUAGGAAAAUGGAGUUGUCUUGGUGCUUAUCUGUUUUUAGAGAGUUUGACCAUUUUGGACACGAUGGGAGUUUGGCCUUCGCCGUGGGCGGAGUCGUGUCUGGUUGAAGGGAACAAGUUUUGGUUUUACUCGCUCGUGUGUUCGAUACUUUUGGGUGGGUUGCAACUUUAUGCUGAGGGUGGAGAGGUUGAGGGUGGGAGCGCUGAAAAGGGCAAAGGGAAGAGUCAAGGUGUUCAAGCCCAGAAGGAAAAGCUCGGUGGAAUCAGGAGAAGGAUGGUGGUAGAUAUCUUUGAUCUCUUCCUUCCUGGUUUUGUGACUGGGUGGUUAGUGACGACUCAAGCAUUUGUUGGAUUUGCUAGUGCCGUGAGCACAAUUCUUUCGUCAAAAGAUAUAUGGGAUAGAUUGCAGAAAUAGAUAUGAUAUAAGGCAUAAUGGACCAUAACCUUCCAGUAUGAGUGAACACCCUCAAGAUACAACGAAACAAGACGAGACUACCAGUCCUAUAGCAGCCUAUCCAAGAUGAUACUAGCCU